AUGUGCAGUCGUAGGAUUACUUUGAUAAUAAAAGAAAGAUUGGUCGCGGAAGGGUACUGUUGGAAGACAGUGCCACAUGACACCAAGGAGUUUUAUUGGCAGGAAUUCAAGAAAUACUUCAUAUGGGAUCAAGCAAUUGACAGCUUGGUCAAAAUUGCAUGGCAGAAAAAGGAAACUGACAGAUACAGGGGAUUAAUGUGGGAAAUCAGGAAAGGGAAAACAAAGAAUCUUGCUACACCAGAUUCCGUUUUGAGUAAGUGGCAAGAAACUUGGAACACUUCUGAAUACAAAGAGAAGUGUGACAAGUUUGCUGCCAAUAGGCGCAGUGAGGCUGGAGGGUCAGGAUCUGGUAUUUCCAGGCACGCAUGCGGUUCAGUUUCACAAGAAAGACUUGGUAGAGAACCACUUCCUCAUGAGCUUUUUGAGGCCACACAUAAGAGAAAGGAGACGGAGGAGUUUGUUGAUGCGAGGUCAAAAGCUAUUCAUGAUAAAUACGUCCAACUGAAGGAGGCUGCAACAUAG